AUGAGUACAGAAGAAAAUCACGCAUUAACUAAUGGUCAUCACCAUAACGGAAUGAACGGAGAUCAAAAUGGGCAAGAAAAGGAGAUCAACCAAAACGAAAUUUAGCAAAUUAGUAGCUGGAACUUCAACAUAUUAACUAUCCCUUGCAUAGAAAAAAAGUUUAAAGUGGCAAUUUUGAUGUUCAAAGAUAUAGAUCUUUUAGGGAUAUUAGGAUAAUCUUCCAACAAAUUUUAGAACUUCUUAGUUUAAUUAAGUAAUAAGUAUGACUAUCGUGGCAAUCCAUUUCAUAAUUUUGACCAUGGAAUAACAGUUGCCCAUGGAAUAUACUACAUUAUAAAGCAAGGAAUCACAAACAAGCAUUUAAAUUAGUUGGAGAAAUUUUCUUUGCUCUUUUCAGCACUGUGCCACGACGUUGAUCACACAGGACACAGCAAUGCUUACGAAACUAAUAGCAAAUCUGAGCUCUUUACUUUAUAUGGCAAUGAAUCACCUUUAGAAAAACAUCACUAUGCGUAAACAAUAUAAAUAGCUGAUUAAUGUGGAUUGUUUGAUAGCAUUCCUCAAGACUAGUUAGUCAUUAUGAAGAAGUAUAUUUAGCAUAACAUAUUAGCUACUGAUAUGUCAAAGCAUAACUAAAUUAUGAAUGAAUUCAAGGAAAACUUACCUUCUUUACUAAAAGAAGACUUAGCGAUAACAGAACAAUAGAAAAUAAACUUAUGUGGGGCUCUUGUUCAUGCAGCAGAUAUUGGUGCACCUACAAGAGAUUUUUCAAUUUCAAAAGAGUGGUCUUUAAGAAUUGCAAAAGAAUUCACAGCACAGCUUGAAUUAGAACAAUAAAACAACUUACCAGUUACACCUUUUUAUAAAGAUUUAGAUAAGUAUUUGACUUUAGCAACUAACGAAAUUGGAUUUAUUAACUUUUUCAUUAAGCCAUUUUGGGUUUAAAUUGAAUAAUUUGGUCAAGGUAAACUGUAGCAAGUUUCCAAAAAUAUUGAAUAAAAUAUCUAAAAUUGGAAAUAAGAGAAAGAAUAAGAAGAAUAAAAAAUAGCAGAAGUAAAAAGCUGA